AUGAGUGGGAUAAAAACACCCGGAGGCAACGCUUCAAGAUCCUUUGACGACCCAUGGGACGGCCCGUCAAAAAUAGUUAUUGGGAUCGAUAUUGGAUCGACACAAAGUGGGGUUGCCUUUGCGUUUCUACAACAAGGAGCAAAGCAAUCUAUUCACCGAGUAACUCAAUGGCCUGGGCAAGAGUCCCAAAAUCUUCACGGCAAGGUUCCUACCAUACUUUGGUAUGACCCGACGCAGAAGGCGGUAUCUUUUGGCGCCGAAGCACUGACUGCCCAGGCCGAAGAGGAUGCGGAAGAUGGCCAAUGGAAAUUAGCGAAGUACUUCAAGCUCCACUUGCAUCCCCCUCACCUCACUGCGCAGCAUGGACUUGACCUCGAACCACUACCUUUCAAUGUACCACUCAGCCAGAUUUAUUCCGAUUUUUUGGGUUAUUUACUUCAACACACACAAUCUUAUUUUGAAGACCAUAUCAUUGACGGUAAACGGAUCUGGCAACAAUAUAAACCAAGCAUGGAGGUCGUUCUUGCGCAUCCUAACGGAUGGGGUAUCCGCGAACAAGCAUUUUUACGCUUAGCGGCGGUCAAGGCAGGAUUCACUAAUGCAAGCGAUGCUCCGUCGCGGGUCCAUUUUGUCAACGAAGCGGAGGCAUCCGUCCAUUUCUGUACACUUUAUUCGGACAUCGGGAGUCAACUCAAGGCACGUCCUGGAACAACCUUCGCAGUAUGUGAUGCAGGAGGAUCGACAGUUGAUACAACGGUAUACUCGGUCAAGAGCUUGAAUCCGAUCCGACUGGAAGAAACUCGGGCCUCAGACUGUGUACAAGCAGGCGCUCUUUUUAUUGACCAAUCAGCAGAAAAGUAUCUGCGCAAAGUACUUCAUGAAGCUGGACUGGCACAAGAGGACGUUGACGAAUAUGCUACCAAAGGAACUAAAGACUUCGAACUGCAUUCGAAACGUGCAUUCAAAGAUGUGACCACCGAUCAAAGUAUUGAAAUAGCUGGGACCCGAUUUAAUAACACGGCUAUCCGGGCACGGCGCGGGCGAAUGACAUUACCUGGAUCGGAGGUAAAAAUAUUUUUUGACUUCUGCACGAAUCAGAUUCUGGAGAGCGUUAAUUCUCAACUACAAGGAAGUUCCGUGUCUCAUAUACUAUUGGUGGGCGGUUUUGGCGAAAGUCCGUUCCUCCGCGAACAAUUGAAACAGCGUUUUGGACCGAUGGGAUGCGAUGUCACGAUCACUAGCGAGCGGACAUCUAAAGCCGUUGCAGAUGGUACCAUUAUAUGGUAUUCAUCGAACAACGUAGUAAAAAGGACUCCUUGGUACUCAUACGGGAUCGAAAUUCUCAUUCCUCACAAGCCUCAAGCCAAAGAUCACAAGAGACGCCAAGUUGUUCAAUGGCCCACAGGCUCCUUUGUGAAGGGUGGCUGGUCCCAAAUUGUUCCAGGAGGUGUCCCGGUUGAUUGUGACUCUAUUAGUCGUCGCCCCUACUACCGCGAAUAUACAACGCCAAAUCCACAGCUCAGCAAUUUUGCCGAGGACAUAUGGUGCUACAAUCUCAAAGGAGUUCCCCAAUGGAUGCGUUUCAAGCCAGUUAGCGUGCUCGGUAAACGCGAAUCUGAGCCAUAUGCGGGGAGCCUUGCAGGCGCAUACAUCACCGAAAGGCACGCGCUACUGGAGUUUGAGCUUCAAUGGUAUGACUCGCACUGGCCCAGCUCAACUCAUUUCGACCACGGGCCCUGCGUAAAAGCACCAAGUGAUGCCCCUGUUGACUACAAGCCAAACCUCGCGAAGGAAGAUACAAUCCAAAACUGUCUGGAAUCUAUACUUGCACUCAGAAGAGAAGCCGUAGGAGACGAACGACUCAAGUCAACCAUGGAGGCCCUGCGACAUCUUUCGGGAUCCUUGGACGAAACUGAGACCGAGUUACAAUCGCUACGAUCGCAAUUAGAACAAACUCAGCUGGAAUACUCGUCCCUCCGUUCCGAGCUUCAGCUCAAUGAUAAUACGGAACAAAGCAAACUUGUCCAAUCACUCAGCGAUCUUAACCGGGCGGUUGAUGACUUCGGGAGAUCGGUCGCAGAACAUGUAGUCGACAAUUACAAAACAGACCGUUUCGACGAAGAAGACCCUACUACGCUCAAUGCACUAGAUUUUCUUGGAUUACAACGUCAGUUUGGGCAUCAAGGGGGAAAGUCAUCACUGGUUGCUUCGUCCAAAGGAGAAGGGCUGCCUAUCGAAGAUUUCAUCGAUUUAGCUCUGCGAGGAUUUGUGUGCCAAAAGCUUUGCAAAAAUGUGUUUAAUCCCUUCCACCCCACACUUACAGCUGGCGCUGAGCAUGAUUUCAUGGCUUCUCUAUACGAGGAGGUUCGACGUCAAGCUUCUCCAAUCGUCGCUUCUAAGUGGCGAGCAAAUUCAUUUAUGGCUUUAUCCAAAGGAAAUAAACUCGAUCAGUCGAUGAUAGAAAGCCAAGUCGAGAGCCUCCUGGCAGGAGACAUCCAGCAACUGGUAAACAACUUAUUCGGACACAGUGGUGUUGUUACUAUCACCGACGGUCAGCGAUCUCAACUCCGAAAUAUUGUAACUUCUGCAUGGGAGUUGAACUAUGUAUUGAAGGGGGAAGCUGUUACUUUGGGCGACUUUCAACCCCUAUACGUCAAGAGUGGAACGCCAUUCGAUUCAAAGGCCAUGGUUGAGUUUGAGGCCGACAAGAAGAAAAAGCCCGGUGAUGUGGCGAUAUACACGAUUCGGCUAGGUCUUACCUUGUCUCAUUCCAAAGGGGCAAGGCAGGAUGCCAAGCCAGUGGUUAUAUGCCCGGCUACAGUAGUCACCCCAAGAAUAUUUAUUAUCACGUGGGAUGAGCCACUUUAUCCACCCAAUCUUCCACCCUUCACCUCAAUCCGGGCGACAAUGACGGCUACCAACCCGGAAGGUCAAAAAAAUCAGAAGAAUACUCGAGGAAACUCACGUGCAUCAGCCAAGUCAGGCACACCCAACAAUCGUCCAAAUGCGAGUUCAAAGCAAACAAACGGGAGAACGAGUGGCACAGUAGCGGCCCAGGAUGCAGCCGCUACACCCGUCAAUUCAGUCAAAUUCAAAGACAGGAUACCUCAUGUACCGAUACUAAUACUUGGCGUACAGGGGUGUGGAAAAUCUACAUUUAUAAACGCCGCUCUCGCUCAGCCCCUUAGAGAGAUUUCUAAUGGGCUUGAGCUUGCUACCAAGGAAUUUCACUACGAUACUCUGAGCUCUCCCAAGACUAAUUUCAUACUCGUUGACUCUCCCGGAUUCGACAACAUGUCGAUAAGUGACGGAGAAAUUAUGACUAAAUUAAUCCAUUUUUUAUGCUGUGGUAAGGCUCCUGCAAAAAUGGCAGGGGUUAUUUAUCUCCAUACACAAGAGUCUCGUUUGGGUAGUGGUGUCCUUAGAAGAAACUUGUCGCUUAUAAAGGCGCUACUUGGCGAAUCCUUUCUGGAAAGACUAACCAUACUCAUCGUUCCUCGCCCAGGAGAAGAGGUCAAUGAAAAGGAAAUUAUUCGCCCCCUUUUGGAUACAAGGUCCCCCUUCCGUAAUUUGUGCGAUCUGGGUGCUCAAGUUAAGGUUUCGAGCUUGAAAACAGAACCCAUACGCAACUUGCUUCUUCCGUAUGCCGAAAAACCCCCGCUCCUGAUGAGCGUUCAAAGCGAACUGUGUGGAUCGGGCCGCAUUCCGAACGAGGGUGAUAUCAACCUCUAUCUUGUUAAGUGCGCGCGGGCUAGAGAGGGCGGGCCGGCCUUGACUAGAUCGAGAGUCGCUACUCAGAGCAUAUCUCAAAUCCAGAACCAUGUAUCUUCUCCCGCCCGGCAAGGCUCCGAAGAUGUCAAAAAGCUAGAACUCCAGUUAGCCGAGUCCAAGAAACAGAUGGAGGACUCUCAUUCCCAAUUGCAGCAGCAUCUCAGCCAAUAUACAGCUCUGUGUUCCCAGCUGCAGAUCCACGAAAACAUCGAACAGAGCGAAAUAGUGCAAAAUCUUGUCGAUAUCAACCGUCGUAUUGAGGACCUAGCACUCUCUCUGUCGCAAUAUCUUGUGGAUACUUAUGGGGGACAUGACAAGGUUACAACAGAAUAUGCAGCCCAAUUAUCCAAGCUGAAAGAGAUGUUUGAGCAUGACGAACGAAAGGGAUCACUUGUUCAGUCGUCCAAAGGGGUGGGUAUGCUAUUGGAAGACUUUCUCGACGUAGCUGUCCGAUCUAUUUUAUGCGAACAACUCUAUAAGCGCAUAUUUGUCCCCUUCCACCCAGCUAUCCCGGCAUCCGAUCCCAAAAAUCAUUAUACAAGAAAGCUGUACGAGCGCAUCAAAGAGAAAGAAACUCAAGCCACGCUUGGUCGCUGGCGCACAGCUUCGUUUGCUGCAAUAUCCGGCGUGAUCGGGGAGCCGGAGUUGUCCCGUCUCAAGGCUCAAGCUGGGCUCGAUAUUCUCAAUGAUAAUUUGAUGCCCAUGCUGGGACACUUGUUUGGCUCAGGCAAGAGUAUUAAAUUGUCAGGGGCCCACAAGGAAAGUUUAGCAGAACUUGUCACUCAAGCAUGGGAUUGCCAUCAUGUUGGAUCGUACCCCUUCCGAAGAGAUCUCAACAAAAAUAAACAUAGAGAAGACAGGUCAUUGUCGGAUUCGUCCGGUUCGUCUGGCUCAACCCCGAAACCUGGGGCAACCGGCAUCCGGGAGGUGGUUACGUCGCGUGAAGUUCUAAUCGGCGAGCAGUCCAAGCCUCGAGUGCCCGAAGUUGUCCGUAUACUUAUUGUGGGACCAUCCGGCUCUGGAAAGACAUCGAUAAUCGAAACCUCCUGUUAUAGUACCAAGGAAUCUCUAGAUAACAUUAGGUAUAUCGCAACCAAGCGCAUCCGAAUCGUUAAACUACGCAUGGAUGACCAACCCUUCGAGCUUAUUGACACCCCGGGCUUCGAUGGCGUCAACAUGAGUGAUGCCGAGGCUUUUGGCGAAAUAUCCGACUAUCUCUUGAAUAACGAGCAGGCUCGGACUGGUAUAACAGGAAUUAUAUACGUCCACCGCGCUGGAAAUGCCGUCCACAGCAGAUCCCUUUUACGAAACUUUCGAGUAUUGAAAAAUAUCUUUCUCGGAAAUACUGGGAUAGCUCGUCUCACGUUUUUGGCGAUACAAACCAAUGGUCAAGACAUUGGAAAUGGGGACUUUCUGGUUUCUCCUGGCUCGGUGUUUGGUACUGCCUUUUCUGACGGCGCUAAAUUUAUGCAACACCCCAACCAAACCGGCUUCGUUAAGCUUAUUAGGCAUUAUGCUUCACAAGAGCCAAUUAUACUCCCGAUCCAGCUCGAUAAAUCAUAUAAAGUCUAUAACACGUUCCUAAACCGGGUUGAGAAAGAACUGGGAUAUUACGAGUAUAGCUCAGCUCAGUCUCUCCUGGACGAUCAAGAACGACAACUUCGGGAAUUUUACGAAAAUCAAUUAUCCAACCAACGCGAAUCUGAAAUAAAACUCCGUCAGCAAUUACAACAGUCACAACUCGAGUACUCUUCCCUUCGCUCGCAGCUUCAACUUCAAGAGAACGUCGAACAGAGUCAAGUAGUCCAAGCCCUGAAAGACAUUAAUCGCAUGAUAGAUGACUUCGGGAGAUCAGUGUCAGCCUAUCUCACAGAUGGAUAUGUGCAGCGAAUUUUCGGUAAAGAUCCUGCUCAAGUUACUUCUCUCCGUUCCCGCGAUAUGUCCACUCUUAGAACACUAUUUCCUCAUCGAGAGGGGCGUUCAAGUCUGAUUGCAUCUUCAACUAAGAGAGGUAUCCAGAUCGAAGGAUUCCUUGAUUAUUCGAUUCGUCACUUUCUCUGUCGCUUCCUUUGCUUGAGAAUAUUCCAACCUUUUCACCCCGAAAUUGAUCCGUCUCUCAGCAAAUUGUUACUUACUAGCUACGACAACAUACGCAAGCGAGAAUCCCAGGCAAUUGCUGGUAAAUGGCGCUCGGAAACCUUCAAAAGCCUUCACCAAUAUGAUAAUCACCGAACGGCUGAACAGCUCGAAAGCCACCUCGUUCUCUUGCUAGAUAAUCGACUGCGGCCGUUGAUCGAAGGUGUCUUCGGCAGAGAAAUUUCCUUAAGAGAUGAACAUAUUGCGAAUCUGCGGUCUUUGAUCAAGGAGGCUUGGGAUUGGAACGCGGCCUUGAAAAGUGGUGUCAUUAUGCUUGGAGAUUUCGUCCUUACCUACUUUUCUCGCGGUCGGUUCGACUCCAAAAUAAUGGAGGAAUUCGAAGCAAUUUCUCCGGAUCACACGCCAAAGAGUGUUUUAGCGACAAUUGCGCUGGGACUCGUCUGUGAAAAAGCAGUGGGUGGAGAUAGUCCCAUAGAUGAAGUGGUCGUCUGCAAGGCGGUGGUUGCCACAGAGAAUAUCUUUGACUGA